AUAUUUAAAAAAAAUAAAAAAAUUUAUAUAAAAAAAUGCUUAUAAAAAUCAAAUAUUUUUUCAAAACAAUACUGUUAAAAAGCGAAUUAGAAAGCUUUGAAUAAUUAGAAUAAUAAAUUAAAAACUAAUUAAAAUUAACUAGUUAAUAAUAGAUAUAAUUAAUACUCACAGACCCAUCAUUAGAUGAAAAAAUAAUUUAAUCUAACGAAAAUCUUGAAAAAAUAAAAGAAAAUUGCUAAAAAUUAUCCAUAACAGUAAUAAGUAUUAUAGUUAAUGAAAUAAAUAAUUAAAAAAAUUCCUAAUAAAUUAUCUAACCUUCAUCUUCUGAUGAUGAGAAGAAAGAAAAAAAAAUCAAAAAAACACAAAAAAGAACUAAACUCAUAAAAGAAAUAGUUAAUAUGGAAAUAAAAUAAUAGAUCCCUAAAAUUAUCUAAUAAAUAAAAAACGAGCUAUAGGAAAAAAAUAAAGAAUAAAAGUAACCUACUGAUGAACAGAAAGCUUUAGAAAAGUCCAUUAUACUUGAAAAAUAAGCUAUUCAUAGUGGAUUUACAUGUGAUGGAUGUGAAACUAACCCUAUAUUAGGUGUCAGAUAUAAAUGCUAUGUAUGUCCUGAUUAUGAUUUAUGUGAAAAAUGUGAGGCUAAGGAAAUACAUAACCAUCAUGCUUUUAUAAAAAUAAAAAAUCCAGAAUAAGCUCCUAAAGUAUUUGUAAGUUUAGAUGUUGAUGAAUAGUCUUUAUAAUUUUUGAAUUAAUAAUUUUCUAAUGGAUAAUCUGUGGUUGAUAUAAACAUUUAGAGCGAAAUUAAAAAAUUCUAAAAAAAAUAAGCAAAAGAAAAAUUGAGAUAAUAAAAAUUGGUUGAAAAAGAAAAAAAAGAAAUAGAAAAAUAAAAAAAAGAAAAAGAAAAUGAAAAAAAAGUAAAAAAAGUAAAAAAAGAACAAGAAAAAAAAGAAAAAAAAGAACUUAAAUAAGACCUAAAAAAAUAAGUAAAAGAAACCUAAGAACAUAAUCCUUAAAAAAUUAAAGACUUAGAAGUUGAAAAUAAUUCAUAAAUAGUCGCCUAAGUCGUAGGUGGAAAAUCUGAUGAAUACUCAGACUUAUGUAAUUAAAUGAAGGGAAAAAAAAUCGAAGAAAUCAUUGAAUAUGCCCUUUAGUUUAAAAAAUAAGGAUCUAGUACAUCUACUCCUUAAGAAUUUGAAACAUCAUAAGGUUCUUUGGUUAAUUAAGAUAAGAUUAAUGAUUCUCUUAUGUAAAAAGCUAUGUAGGUAGCUGAGAUUAUGGGAGGAAGUUUCUAGGAUUAUAUUAAUAUGAUUAAGAAUUUAGAUUCAAGUGAUUGCAUUUAGGAUAUUAUUGAAAAUUUGUUGAUUAAUUCUAACUAGAAUGUUUCUGUUUAGGAAAAUGGCUGUUUUGAAUAAUUAGAAUAAGAAGAACUUUUGAGAUUAUAAUAUGAUGAAGAAUUAAAAAUGCUUGAAUAAAUAAAAUAAUAAGAAGAAGAAAGAUUAAGAAAUGAAGAAAAAGAAAAUUUAAGAAAAUAGAAAGAGGAAUUAGAAAAAUAAAGAAAAGAAUAAGAAAAAAUAUAAAGAGAAGAAUAAGAAAAAUAAAGAAGAGAAGAAGAGGAAAGAUUAAGAAAAGAAGAAGAAGAAAGGUUGAGAAAAGAAGAAGAAGAAAGAUUAAGAAAAGAAGAAAUAGAAAGAUUGAGAAAAGAAGAAGAAGAAAGAUUGAAAAAAGAAGAAGAAGAAAGAAAAAUAAUUGAAAAAUAGGUAUAAUUAAAAAAAGUAAAAGAAGAAAAAUAAAAAAAAAUUGCUUAAAAAUAUACCUAAAAUCAUAUCCAAGUUGCCAAAGAAAUUUCCAAUAUUUUGGGAGGAGAAUUUGAAGAUUAUUUAUAAAUUUCUAAGGUCUUUUCGGAUUAAAAAUUUGAGUAUGUUAUUAAUAUGAUAAUUGAUGAUAGUACUUUAUUAGAAAAACAUAAAACUAAGCUUUGAUUAGUUUAAAAUUAACAAAAUAACUAUAAUAUGAAAACAAAUAAUUUUUUUUUAUAUAUACAUAAAAAUAUUUCAUAUUAUUUUUUUUUUAUUGAAAUAAAAAGUAUUUUUUUAAAUAUUUUUUUCUUUAGAUUUUC